AGCACCGCUCGUUUGCCCCAACACGUCUCCAGAUGACCAGAUCCAUCCGCCGCAUUCCCACCCACCACCCUCGUCUCGUCUCUUCCUUCUCUCGCCGCCGCCACCCCCUGGACUGCCGCACAGCGGAGAUCCAUCCGCGCUUGGAUUGACUUCUUCGUUUGCCAGGUAAGGAAGCCCUUGCUUUGCUUCAACGGAUUGCUCGUCUUGUUCCCCGGAACCUGUUGACUUUCUUUCUUUCUGGUGUGUUCUUGAUUGCUAGCUGCAACAAUGGAUGACGGGGACCUCGAUUUCUCAAACCCAGACACAUACCUAUGCCCAGCCAUCGGCAACGAUCCCCCCAGCAGCUGCUCCAUGGACAGCUACUUCGAUGACAUCUUGAAGGAUACAGAGCACCAUGCUUGCACCCACACCCACACUUGCAACCCGCCUGUUCAUGAUCUUUCACACUCCCACACCUGCGUCCAUGUCCACACCAAGAUCGUCGCUGCUUCACCAGACACUGCUGAGACUUCUGAGUCGCCAUCUGAGAACAACGCCUCCAAGAAGCGCCCAGGUGGUAAUCGAGCUGCCGUGAGGAAGUACCGGGAAAAGAAGAAAGCCCUCACGGCCUCGUUGGAGGAAGAGGUGGUUCAUUUGAGGGCUUUGAACCAGCAGCUCAUGAAGAAGCUUCAGAAUCAUGCGGCACUUGAGGCGGAGGUAGCAAGGCUGCGCUGUCUGCUUGUUGAUAUUAGAGGGAGGAUUGAAGGGGAGAUUGGUGCUUUCCCUUAUCAGAGGCCAGUCAAGAACAUCAAUUUGGUGUCUAGUGUUGACCAGGGAAGUUUUCUUGGUGGUGCCCAGGUUACCAACUCCUGUGAUUUCAGAUGCAAUGAUCAGACGUAUUGCAAUCCAAGAAUGCAGCUGAGAACAAUGGGUGAGAAUGAUGCUAUGAGUGCUCAGGUGUUGGGCCAAGGUGCCUGUGAUAUGGCAAAUAUACAAUGCAUGGGAAGUGAAAAAUCUUUAUCAAAGCUUCCAGACUGUGGGGGUAUGGAUACUAUGCUCGCUGGCUGUUUGCCAAAUGUUGAAAAGAAGUGAAGGAAAAAGAAGAGAUGGUGCCUUAUUUUUCAAGUAGUGGACUUCUGAUGGUGCUUAUAGUCUCCGUGGCAGAGACUAUUGGGUUCUGCGUUCCGCGUCCAAGGAACGCUGUAUAAAUUGCUAGCUUCUAUCUGUAGGGCCGCAUCUGGUUCAAACUGUUAUGUGUGUGAGUUUGUCGCCGAUGAUGCUUCUAUGGUGCCUGAGGCGAGUCAAGUUUGUUAGCUCUAAUGCUGACAAGACAUCCUCCUCUAUUUUGCGUAGUUUCCAGAUGCUCUCUGAUGAAGUGCGGAACUGGACUGGAUCAGACUUGGCAUCCAUGUUUUAGACACUUAUUCAGAUUUGGUAGAGACCUCAAGUUGGAUGUGAAUCCAAUCCUAUGUAGAUGCAUCGUGCGUGGAAUCUUUUGUGUAGGUGCUAUGUCUGCUUGCUGUUAUGUCCGUGAUUCAAGUCCAUGGAUUCGAUUAUUAUUUGGAUGUUUCACCAUUUCAUUCGUCAGUGAAUAAUAAUAUAAUGCAUCGUUUGGAACUUGCA